CCAGAUCUUACAAUUUACGUCAGUUGAAUAUUACGCGGCGUUAAAGUUGUUAUCACAGUGAAAUAUAAAAACAAAUCAGUCUUAACUAUACACUCAUGGAUGGUUUACGUUGUUUACACGCCAGUGAUAAUAUUAUAUCGUGUUUAUUUUAUAAUAUGUGUCCAAAUAAUAAUUAAUAAGAAUAUAUAAAGUAUUCAGCUAAGGUUCACGGUUUAAUCGUAUUGUUUUUAAAUAUAUAUAUAAAAAUAUACAAAAAUGAGGUUGGCGGGCACGAUUUUUAGUAAUGUUACGAAAAUGUUGGACUUUUAUUCCCAAUUCAAUCCAUCGCCUCUUUCUAUAAAACAAUUCAUCGAUUUCGGUUUGAACGCCUGCGAAAGGAAAUCCUACCUCUUCCUUCGCAAUGAGUUACCAGUUAGGUUGGCCAACAUAAUGAAGGAGAUAGCUCUGCUGCCGGAGAACCUGUUGCGGAUGCCCUCGGUGGGUCUGGUGAACCAGUGGUACGAGAGGUCCUUCGAGGAGAUCAUAGAGUUUGAGAAGAAGGAACCCGAACCUCCCGUCCUCAGCGAAUUCUGCGAGCGUCUGGUCCUGAUACGUAAUCGUCAUUCAGACGUGGUCCAGACGAUGGCCCAGGGGGUGUUGGAGCUCAAGGAAUCCCACGAGGUCGAUCCCGGGAUAGAGAACUCCAUACAGUACUUCCUGGACAGAUUCUACAUGAGUCGGAUAUCUAUACGGAUGUUGAUCAACCAGCACACCCUACUGUUCGGUGAGAACGAGCUGGGCGCCCGUCAGGCUAGCGUCAACGGCAUAGGUAACGGCGGGAGACACAUCGGUUCAAUAGACCCUGCGUGUGACGUCAUCGCCGUCGUCAAAGACGCCUACGAGAACGCACGCUUCCUCUGCGACCGGUACUACCUCGCGUCACCGGACUUGGAGCUCUUGCAGCACGGCUCGACGGAGACUCACCCGUUGCCGGUGGUGUACGUGCCGUCACACCUCUACCACAUGCUGUUCGAGCUGUUCAAGAACUCGAUGAGAGCCGUCAUGGAAACCCACGAGAACAACCCGCCCCCGAUCCAGGUCAACAUAGUACAGGGACGGGAGGAUAUAUCGGUCAAGAUGUCUGAUCGCGGGGGCGGCAUACCUCGCAGCGUCUCCGACCUCCUCUUCAAGUAUAUGUACAGCACAGCGCCGCAACCCUCGCGCUCCGACUCGCAGACCGUACCCCUGGCUGGUUAUGGUUACGGUCUCCCGAUAUCCCGUCUAUACGCGCGCUACUUCCACGGGGACCUGGUGCUUAUGUCCUGCGAGGGUUACGGAACAGACGCGAUCAUAUACCUUAAGGCUCUAACGAACGAAGCGAACGAGCUGCUGCCGAUCUUCAACCGGACUUCCAGCAAGUUCUAUAGGACUUCGCCCUCGCCCGCCGACUGGUCCGGCCCGGCGCCCUACAGGCCCAAAGACAAGCCAAACUUACAACACAAACAAUAAAGUAUACUUUACAGCUAUACGACCUCCAUCUCGUAAAACCUUCGUUAUGAUCUCCACUAUAUGACAUUAAUGAGUUGUUCUGACAAUGAGAGAACAAUAUAUUUUGUAUGAACUGAUAAUAUGUAUGAGUACUAAUGAAUUUGUUAAGUGUGACAAGCGCUUAAAAUGAAUCGCCUCCCCUUAAAUACACUGAAGAAAACAAAAUCUGACACUUGACAGCUGUCAAACUGGCCGUCAUUGUCGGUGUCGAAAAUGUAUGCCGUAUGAUGUCAUUGGCUGAAUAUAAUGUGCGCGUUUUGAUCAAAACAAAUGUAUUUAAUUUUUUUUAUAACAUUUGCAACUUGGAGAUAACAAGUAAAGUACCCAGCGUUAAUUGAAUCAAAUAUUCCAUUGAUAUUAAUCGAAUUUGUGUCUCUGGAUUUAAAGGCUCGUCUACACUAGUGCCAUCUGUACGAUGUAUAAUAAACUAUUAAAUUCUAAGUUACAUACAUGUAGUGCAGCACAUUAUUCAUGUAAGAUCUAAGCUAUGGUAGAUGUAAGCAAAUAUGUAACUUAGAUCAUGUACAAUAGGUACAAAAUACUGUGAAGUACACAAAAGCACAACACAUGUACAUAUAA